AUGUCCGACGCGCAGAACUUGCUGCUUGCCUUGUUUAUAAUCGCUGAAUGUCGUACAUUAAUGAGCGGUACGGACGAGGAAGUAAGGUGCUACUUGCUAUGGCUGGCACCCGAAGAUGCGGCGCAAAUGUAUCGGGGUGAAAUUAAAGAUCCUGAGGCAAGGACGUCAAGAAAAGAGAAGGAGAUAACACGAAGUGAAGAAAAAAGAGAGCGGAAACGGGAACUCCCGUUGCCUGUAUCGACUCGUGGAAAAGCAGUAGUGGAGGAACUGCCAAAGACGCGAGAAAGACCCUGGAAGCGACCGAUUGAAUCCAGCGACGGUGAUGAAACUGUGAAGAUAUCACGGAAUGACCUUAACUCCUCGGAGAAAAGCACCGAUUCAAAGGGUAAGCACUACGUCCUUUUUCAUCUUCCUUCGGUUUCUUUCUUCAACUGUCAGAAUUGUUAUUACUUCACUUAA